AUGAGCCGUUUGAAUGCAUCAUUGAACUAUAGAUUUGAUAGUUUUUGUGCUCGAUCACGUUUUUUUUCAAAAUGUAGACGAUGGUUUUCAACACGUUAUCGCGUAUUGAUUAUCAUUGGAAUAUUUAUAGUUUUGAUUAAUGAAUUUUUAUUCUAUCAAUGGGCUUAUUUUAAUUGGCCAAAUAUUCAUGAAAUAGCGAAAAAAUCUUCCGUUGAAAAACUUCUGAUUGCUGCUGAUCCACAAUUAAUUGGUGAAAAAGAUGAAGGUAUUUUUGGUUUCAUCACUAGAAAGGAGGCUGAUCGAUAUCUUGCUAAAACUUUUCCACAAGCCAAAUCAUAUGUGAAACCAGAUUGGAUUGUGGUUUUAGGGGAUAUUUUUGAUGAAGGCUUGUCAGCAUCUGACGAUGAAUUUAAACGAUAUUUUGAAAGAUUUAAUUCAAUAUUUGGCUAUAAAAAUCAUGAACAGCACUAUAUUAUUAUUCCAGGUGAUAAUGAUGUUGGCGGAGAAUAUUAUGGUGAUACACAACCAUUGUUAAGACAACGUUUUCGAAAUUAUUUUGGUCGUAUCAUUGCUUUAUAUCAUCAAAAUGAUAUUCAGUUUUUGAAAUUAGACAUGGAUAUGUUUGAUUCAUAUUCCGACGCAAAGCGUUCUGCAGUAAUGGAACAAACACAAAAUCGUCCGAUGAAGGCAAACUUUCGUAUUGUAUUAAAUCAUUGGACGAUAUUAACACGUACUGUUCGUUUUAUUAAAGCAUUUAUAAACGAUAUUGAACCAAAUAUUAUUCUCAAAGGUGAUAGUCAUCACUUUUCUAUCAUAUCCUAUGAUAGAAUCAGUAUGAAAAAUACAAUUCUUGCUCAAGAACAUCUUUCACAAUCAAUUUUUACAUUAGAUCUAACUGAUAAAAAUGUUAUUUAUGAAAUUUCUGUUCCAACUUGUUCAUAUCGCAUGGGUGUUCAACGUAUGGGAUAUGUUGCUCUUUUUCUUGAUAGUGAAACUAAAACUGCUCAUUUGACAAUUCUUUCAACGCCGGGCAGAUACUUAUCAUUAUAUCUUUAUCUUAUUUUCGCAAUAUUUGGACUUCUUUUUUAUAUUGUAACUUCAGUUUUCUCACGAAGAACUCUAGAUUGGGAAGCCAUGGUUUUACGUAAAUUACAACAGGUGCACCGGAACGGCAUUACAGUUACAUUAAACAAUGUUAGUAAUGAUGAAAAUUUUGAAAGUGAAACUUUAGACCAAGAUUUAAUAUCAUCAUCGUCUGAAGAUGAAGAAGAAAAAGAAGAAACUAAAAAUGAAAAGUCGAUUCCUAAUGGAAACACUCAGCAUUCAAGUAAAACAGCAGAACUGUGUGUUAAUAUAGUUCGCCAGUGUCAACGUCUUCUGCGAAUUUUAUAUUAUUGUCAACAAAAUUAUACGCACUUCGUUGAACUUUAUUAUCUUGGUAUUGAACAAUGUCUCAAAAGUGCUGAUGAUCAAAUUGUUACUAUUGUUUUAAAACAAAUUGCUUUACACAUAUUCGAAAGCAUAAAUACAGAUAGUAAAUAUCAACGUCUCAUUCCAUAUCUCCCAUUUCAUAUAUUAUCAUCAAGUGUUCCUUCAAUACAUCAGCCUAUGUUGACUAUAAUUCAAACAUUAAUAUCAACAAAUAAAACAGAAACAAAUACAGGAAGUUUCUUAUCAAAUAAUUUCGAUAUUUUCUAUCCAAAUUCAGCACGUUUUGUUGAUGUACGACAAGAAUUUCGUGAUACAACAAGUUAUUUUAUUGAUGGAGAUUCAUUACUUUUAUCUAUCGCACAUCAUACGAAUAUAAAUCUUGACUUGUACAAUGGAAAUACACUUCAUGUAAUUUUUAUUAUUGAACGUAUUCUUCUUACACUUUUUCAUCAGUCAGAUCAAUGCAAUUUUACAGUUGUCUUUUUCGAUUGUCAUUAUAAUUUGUAUCGAAAAGAAAAGUCAAUGCUUGGCCUUGUUCGUUCGUGUUUAAUUGGUCAUCUUUCGAAAAAUGCAGAUAAAUAUCGAUCAAUGAAAAUAAAACAAUUUUCAUCUUGGCUCGAUGAUGAUUAUCUAAAAUUUGGCCAGGAAGAAAAGCCAAUGUUUUUGUUUCAUCAUGAUAUGUCAACAUUCGACAAAGAAAACGAUAAACUUCUAUCAAAAGAAACGUUAGAAAAAUUAUUUUGUAUGUAUCGGUUAUUUAGUAAUUAUCAUCAAUAUGUCAUCAAAUGUCAAUUGUACCUACUGAAUAAAUUAACCUUAACUGAAACAGCAGUUAAAUGUUUUCAAAUACAAUUUAAUCAAAAAUAUCCACCAGAAUUACUCAAUGAAAUAGUAAAUAUAUUAUCACCAAAAUUACAUAUCAAUGGCGUACAACAACGCGAUUGGAGUAAAUUCGAAAAAUUAAGCCAAGAUAUUAGUGAAAAUGAUAUUCGUUUAUUUCUUUAUCUUAAAACAAUUUUUUAUUUUAACGAACAAAACAGAGAUCAACGUUUUGUUCAACUAUUUAGUCCACUACUUAUUCUUCAUGUGGCUCUUCUCAAUCGUUUAUCAUUAACUGAUCGGCAUCUUCCAUCAUCGAUUCCUUCAGUAACAUACAGUCAGACAUUGGCUCAAUCGAUAGUAGAAUUUCAACAACAUCUUGCAUCUAAUCUCGCGUCACAUAUCAUCUCAUCACUAUCUUGGUUGAAAAUUGCAGAUCUAUUUGAUGGGCGUCUUUUUGCCUUUACACUCAAUCAAAUCUAUCAGUCACCAAAGAUGUGUCUCGAUCCAAAAACAUAUUUAAUUGUUAAAGAAAGUCUCGAUGCAUUGAAUAUAGCAUCAAAUGAAAAUAUAUUUCAAGAUGUGAUCAAAGAAUUGGUUCAAACGAAUGAUAUUAUUUUCUCAUCUUCAUCAUCAACACAACAACAACAACCAAACAAACAGAAAAUUAUUCGAAUCACAAAUCCUCUGCUUGAUACAUAUCUUAAACCAUUAAUUUCUUCGAAUGAUGCGAUAAAAGCCGAUCUAACUACUCCGGACGAGAGUCAAAUCGCUCGAUCUGAAGGUAAAAUUUAUUGGGAAAAAUAUAUCGAUGUUGGUAAUGAAAUCGAUCGUAUACGCGAGAAAAAUGUUAAACAGGAGAGUGCAAAAGAUCAUCGUUAUCGAACAAGAAAUCAACAAAAAUUAUAUGACUAUUUUACUUUAUACGGUAAAUCAUUGACUACACGUGAUGUCAGAGAUAGUCAAGCACAAAUUGUUCUUCCGACGGCUUCAACACCUGCAAUAGCCAAUAAAGAAAAUUCAGUGAAUAAAGCCGAUGAUCGUGCUGCAUCUGGAACUAAAAAGAAACAACAACAUAAAGUUUCAUCGAAAAAGGCCCCACCCACUAAAGCUGAAUUGAUUAUUGAAAAAAAUAAACAGCGAAUAUUAGACAAAUGUAUCAAUGAAGAAACUAGCAAAAUGAAUAAUGUCGAAGCACGAUUAAAUAUUAUUCCAAUUGAUAAUUUUCUAGAUGCCAUUACUGUUAUUGAUGAAAGUCUACCUGAAUUCGACACGUCAAUCAAACGUCUUGAAUUAUUCAAAAAGAAAUUAGAAUUGCAACGAAAAUAUUUACGAAUGUUAAAAAGAAAAUCUAAUUUAUCGAUCGAAGAAAAAUCAAAAUUGGAACUUCUUCAAAUAGGAUUCUUUGCUACACUAUGUGAAGUAACAAAUCUUGAAGAUAUUGUCGAUGCAUUCAAUGAAAACAAAAAAUAUAUGGAAGAACUUGUCGAUGAUUUACCAUUGAGCGCAGAAAAAUGGUAUCGGUUUCAAUUGGAGAAAAUAAAUAGUCGGUUACCAAGACGUGAACAAGGUGCACGUGAUGAACGAAUACCAGAAUUUAUUCCCGAUCCGUGGCAAGUUCAAUUUCUCGAUGCUGUUGAUAAACAACAAUCAAUUAUUAUUGUUGCGCCAACUGCUUCAGGAAAAACAUACGCAUCCUAUUAUGCUAUGGGUAAAGUACUCAAAAAUAAAGAUGAUCCAAAUGGUAUCUGUGUAUAUGUUGCACCAACGAAAGCAUUGAUCAAUCAAGUAGCAGGUACAAUUCAUUCGAAAUUUGGUCCUGUAUUUGGAACGUAUACACGAGAUUAUGAAAUGAAUUUGUUGCAAUGUCGAAUUCUAGUAACAAUUCCUGAAUGUCUCGAAAUGCUUCUCGUGUCACCAAAUUAUCAAAGUUGGUGUCAACGAAUUCGAUAUUGUAUCUUUGAUGAAAUUCAUUGCAUGUCGGCUGAUAUGGGCUCAGAUGUUUGGGAACGCGCAAUGUUACUUCUCAAUUGUCCAAUGAUUGGACUUUCAGCUACGGUUAAUAAUGGUGAAAAAUUAAAAAAUUGGAUUGAAAAUGUAGAAAAACAACGGUCGACUUUAUUUAAAACAGCCAAAAAUCGCGAAGUAUGUUACAUCGUAAAUCUUGAGCGUAUAGCAGAUUUAAAUAAAUAUCUAUAUUCAAAUCGACAAUUGCAUCCUCUUCAUCCGAUUGGUCUUUUGAAUUCAAAACAAUUAUUAACACGAGGUCUACCGAAAGAUUUAUCAUUAUCACCAUGUGAAACCCUUCGUUUGAAUGAAGCUCUUCAAAAGCAUAAUGUUAGAAGUCAAGAAGUUCCAACAUUAACCGAAUAUUUUUCACCCGGUUGGAUAACUGAACGAAAUAUGUGCAAUACAUAUUCACGUAUUGUGUGCAAUCAAUUUACUGAUUUAAUUGGUAAUAAUCAAACGACUACAAUUGAUUCUAUAUCUACAUCAUUGAAUCCUACCAAUUCAAAUGAAGUAAAUUAUCCUGAAUUAAAACCAAUGGCAUCGUUAAUUGGUGAUUUUGUAUUAACAUUGCGAGAAAAAAGUCUUCUUCCAUGCAUUGUCUUUACGGAUAGUCGUUCAUUGUGCGAAGAAUUAGCUGAAAGUGUCGCACAAUACUUUGAAGAACUUGAAGCAAAAUUACGGCAAACAAAAUAUAAAAGUCAAAUUGAAGCAUUGGAACGACGUUUAGUACAAAUUGAUAAAUCUCAAAAAUCAUCAAAAGCAAAAAAAGUAGUGAAAACAGCAAGCAAACGAAAGGGUGGUGAUGAUGACGAAGAAAAAGGUAACGACAAACCAGGAGAAUUACAAAUGAUGGAAGAAGAAGAUAAAAGUCAAUUACGAUUAUCGGGCUAUGAACAAGAUCUAUUAAAUGGUAUUUUAGAAGAAGGUACAUUAGCAAAUCGACGUACAUGCGAUCGAGAUUUAGUCGAUCGAUUAAUGGAACGAGCAACAUCAGGUAGUCCACGAUUAGCUCGUUAUAUAAAACGUGGUGUCGCAUAUCAUCAUGCACAAUUGAACGGCAAAAGCCGAUUAGCUGUUGAAGGUCUCUUUCGUAAUCGAUACGUUCAGAUUAUUUUCUCAACAUGGACACUUGCGUUGGGUGUGCAUAUGCCGACAAAAACAGUGGCAUUCGUUAAAGAUUCUAUUCAACUCGAUGCUUUACAAUAUCGUCAAUCAUCAGGUCGAGCUGGUCGUCGUGGCUUUGAUGUUCAAGGAAACAUUGUUUUUAUCGAUAUUCCAAUGUCGAAAAUUCGCCAUUUAACAAUUGCAGCCAUUCCCGAUAUUCAAACGCACAUCACCACGAGCAUAACGUUUCUCAUGCGUCUUCUUUAUUUAUAUACAAAUGCUGAAGACAAAAAGGAUGCUAUCAAUCGAUCACUUAUCGCCCUUCAAUGCCCAUUUAAUGGGCAAACACCCAUGACAAGCCGUCUAAUCGAUGUUCAAACUCGAUUUCAUACUAUGUAUACAUUAGAUUUUCUCUAUCGAUUAAAUUUCAUCGAUCAUCAAGGUGAUUUAAUUGGUCUAGGUGGCUUUAUAACAAAUCUACAUGAUUUCGAAUCGGCCAACAUCUUAUUUGCUUAUUUAUUGGAUACAAAAUUAUUUCAUGAAAUGAACGAUGAAGAAGAAAUUGUUAAUUUAUUAGCAUAUCUUUUUACGAAUAUGCCAUUAUUAAUGACACAACAACGAGCGAAUUCACCUGUGUCUAUGAAAGACAAAAUAUUGUUCAAUUCGAAAUUUUGUCUACGAACAAUUUCACCGGAAAUUCGUUCUCGUAUUCAAUCGUAUAACUCAUUAGUUAAACAAGUCUAUGGUUCUUAUAUUGAAAAUGUUCUUAAGCAAAUUCGUUCAUUUAAUGAUGGUCAAGAAUACAUUUUACCCUAUUCAAAUAUAUCAUUUUCUCAAACAUCAGAUUAUGAUAAUGGAACAUUUGAAUACGAUCUUCAUCAUCAUCAUUCUCAACAAUCAAAAAAUCCAUCGAUUUCACCGUUCGCUGGUCUAUCAGGUCUUAAUCAUGAACAGCUAAUGUCAAAUUAUAAUUCAACUACAAUUGCAUGGGAUCUUGCUUAUCAUCUUGAUCUAUCAACACGUAUUGUCCCAUUUGUGGAUAUCGAUGCUCACGAUCAUACAAAUUCUAGUUAUUAUUUGAAUAGUUAUGGAUUAGAUUUUUUUAGACAUGGCUCUGAAAAAUUUCUAAUCACAGAAAAUGAUCUCCUACGAAGUGAAACCUACGGGCUACUAUCAGAUUUUGUUCGUUUAUUAUUAGCAACUCAAGUAUCACUUGAUACUAUUGUAAACCAUGAAAUCAAAGAAAUUCGAAACAAAGAUAUGAGGUUUUUUGGUGUUAUUGGAAAGAAAUUAUCAAGCAUUCACGAUCAAUUUUGGAUUAAAUUUAGUAAAGAAUACAAGUAA